AUGACCGUCACCUACUCAAGCCAAGUGGCUAAUGCCCGUUUAGGCUCCUUCUCCCGCCUGCUGCUGUGCUGGCGAGGCAGCAUCUACAAGCUGCUCUAUGGCGAGUUCCUCAUUUUCCUAAUCUGCUACUACAUCAUCCGCUUCAUUUACAGGAUGGCCCUCACGGAUGAUCAGCAGGUGAUUUUUGAGAAGCUGACUCUGUAUUGCAACAGCUACAUCCAGCUCAUCCCCAUUUCCUUCGUGCUGGGCUUCUACGUGACACUGGUCGUGACCCGCUGGUGGAACCAGUAUGAGAACCUACCAUGGCCCGACCGCCUCAUGAACCUGGUGUCGUGCUUCGUCGAGGGCAAGGACGAGCAGGGCCGGCUGCUGCGGCGCACGCUCAUGCGCUACGCCAACCUGGGCAACGUGCUCAUCCUGCGUAGCGUCAGUGCUGCGGUCUACAAACGCUUUCCCAGUCCCCAACACCUGGUGAAAGCAGGCUUUAUGACCCCCUCGGAACACAAGCACUUACAAAAACUGAGCUUGCCACACAACUCAUUCUGGAUGCCCUGGGUGUGGUUUGCCAACCUGUCAACGAAGGCCUGGAUUGGAGGUCGAAUCCGGGACCCCGUCCUGCUCCAGAGCCUGCUAAACGAAAUGAACACCUUGCGUACUCAGUGUGGACAGCUGUAUGCCUACGACUGGAUCAGUAUCCCACUGGUGUACACUCAGGUGGUGACCGUGGCGGUAUACAGCUUCUUCCUGGCUUGCCUGAUUGGGCGGCAGUUUCUGAACCCAGCCAAGGCCUACCCCGGCCACGAGAUGGACCUCGUUGUGCCCCUCUUCACAUUCCUGCAGUUCCUCUUCUAUGCUGGCUGGCUGAAGGUGGCAGAGCAGCUCAUCAACCCGUUCGGAGAGGAUGAUGAUGACUUUGAGACCAACUGGAUUGUCGACAGGAGUUUGCAGGUGUCCCUGUUGGCUGUAGAUGAGAUGCACCAGGACCUGCCACCGAUGGAGCGAGAUAUGUACUGGAAUGAGCCAGAACCACAUCCCCCCUAUACAGCCGCUUCUGCCCAGUCUCGUCGGCCCUUUUUCGGCUCCACCUUCAACAUCAGUCUGGAUAAGGAGGAUAUGGAGUUCCAGCCAGAUCCAGAGGAGGAGGAAAGUGCUCACACUGGCAUCGCUGGCCGCUUCCGAGGGCUGCAAUCCCACGACCGCCAGCCCCCCAGGACAAACUCAAAGACCAAACUACUGUGGCCGAAGAAAGAAGUCCUCUCCCAUGAGGGCCAGCCCAAGAACCUCGGGGGCGUCGGACAGGACACCAGUGAUCAGGAAGACAGCGAGGCCUGGAAAGGGGAGGAUGCCUUCAAGUCCACUGUGCUAUAUGGGAGGUCAGGCUACCACAGUGCCCCCCAGACACCCCUCAGCCACACCCCUAUGGUCUUCCCACCUGGACAGUCAGCACCCUCAAGUUUUCACAAAGUCUUAGACAUGGAUGACACUGUCAAAGACCAAAGCCUUCAGCCUGCAACUCCCAGGUCCAAGAAGAGUUUUGAAUUGCUCCCUGAGAGUGCUGGGGCCUCAACUGAGUACCCGGAAGUGAGUCAUAUGAGGAGGAAAACUGUUGAGUUUAACCUAACAGACAUGUCAGAGGCCCCUGAACAUCUCAGAGAACUGCAUGUGGGACAGUCGACAAGCAACAUACACACUAUACUCAAAGAUCGUGGCGAUCCCUAUUGGGCCUUGGAAAACAACAGGUCUGUCCUCUACCCAAACCAGGGUCACUGA